UGGAGCGGGAUGGAGGACGGGGCCUGGGCGGGCGGAAGUGACCUGGGCCGCUCCGUGGCAGGGAACGGGCCCGCCGAGGUCCCUCCUCCUGCGGCGCCGGGCAGCGGCCUGUCAGGUUCAAGUCUCUCCGGCUGCAGGAACCGGGCGGGAGCUGGUCCAGUCGGGGCCCCGCCUGCAGCAGAGCCCGAGUGGGUCUGAUCUUGUCCGAAGCUGCCUUGCUGAAGGACGGGGCAGGGGCCGGGCUGGUUGAAGCUCUCCUACCGCAAAGGAGGCCCUGGGUGGAGGCUGCAGCGGCCUGUCAGCACCUAGCUGGUGUGCAUUGAGGCCGCCCACCCCCAGGAGGCGCUCUCUGCCGGAGGUGGUAGCCAAGAGCCUCCUGGCAGCGGCCCCAGAGGCCACCCUAGCCCCAGAACAUGGACACGUUUUCUUCCACUGUUAUUCUUGGAGGAGUUAAAUGCUUGUUUUGCCUGAAGAGCAUUAAGUUUGUGUGAGGAAGAGAGAUGGGGACCCGCCAUACAGAUUGUGCCCAGAAGGAGAGCGUCCUUGCAGAAUUAAGGGAGCUCUCAGCCCCCAUCUGUGUGUGGAAGCAGUCGGGUUCGCAGAAGAGAUUGUCUUGGAAACGAGAGCUGGCGGGAAGCUGCCCCCGGGGGUUUUGUGGUUCCAGUAACUGCAAGUGUUGAGGCUCUGGCCGGCUGCGGGUCCUGUGUUCCUGCUGGUGGUGGCCUGGAGCAGGCCCCCCUGACACACUCUCUCUGGGGCUCAAGACCUAAGAGAAACCCCGGCACCCGGAGAACCACAAAGAGGAGAUGACACUGGUGGAAGAACUUACCCAAGCAUUUGAAGGCAAAGCCUUGCCUUCUGAGGAUGUCUGCCCUCUUCACGACAGCUUCUUCAGGUAUGAGAAGGAAAUGGAAGUGCGUUCUGAGCCGAUCCCAUCCCAGCCCCCUGUGAGCUUCAAGGAUGUGGCUGUGACCUUCACACAGGAGGAGUGGGGACAGCUGGACCCAGCCCAGAGGAUGCUGUACCUCGACGUGACUCUGGAGACCUGCAGCCACCUGGUCUCCCUGGGGCUUCUGCUUCCCAAACUGGAUGUGAUCUCCUGGCUGGAGCAAGGGGAAGACCCUUGGAGGGUGAAGCAGGGACCUCUCCGAGUUUUGCCUUUUCCAGAUUGUCCUAUGGUUGGAAUCAUGCAUUGUGUGGACUUUUCUGACUGGCUGCUUUCAUCUAGCAACUGGAAGACUACUCUUGAAAAGAAAGAGCCAGCUUCCAAAGAGGAUAUUGCUGUGGAAGAACCAUCCCAACGUGUGGAAGUGAAAGGCUGCAUCCGGGAAGAGGGCCUGUGGUCGGUGUCAUUAGAAGUGCAGGGUUGGAGGGACCAGCUAGGGGAGCACAAGGAGGCUUCUUUGAGUCAAACAGAACUCACCUCAGAGAGACUGUUUACUCAAGAGGAACAUUGUGAGCAUGACCUUCGGGGAAGUCGUCUGAGCUUAAGCCUUGUGCCUCCAACAUUACCCACAAGAACACAUUUCCAUAAGUUAGACUCACAGGUUAAAAAGUUGAAACAGAAUUCUGUUUUCGUUAAUCAUCAAAAAGACUGGGCUGAUCUGAAACCCUGUGAAAAUCAUCAAAGUUCUAGAGCCUUCUGUCAGAGCAUUUACUUGAAUAAACUUGCAAAUGAUGAAAUGGGAAAUAAAAAACCUUAUGAAUGUACUGUCAGUAGUGGCUCUUUCAACUAUGGUACCUCCCUUCAUUUUCGUAAUAUAAUUUUUUCAGCAGAGAACAGCGAUGACUGUAAGGACUAUGGAGAUAUCGUUAAUCAUAGCAUGUCUCUGAGUGAACACAAGCCAGUGCAUUUUGGGGAAAGUCAGUGUGAGUGUGAUGAAUGCCUUGUACAAACUGAAAUAAGUGAUCCUGGAGAGGCACCAUUCAGAUGUGAGGAGAACUGUAAUGCCUUCCGUGUGGCCUCAUCUUUUACUGACUGUGACGUUCAGACCAGAAAGAAGCCAUAUGCGUGUAAUCAGUGUGGAAAAUCUUUCAGCUGUUGCUCUAAGCUUGUUGUACACCAGAGGACACACACUGGAGAAAAGCCCUAUGAAUGUACCUGGUGUGGGAAGUCUUUCAGCCAGAGCUAUGACCUUGUUGUACAUCAGAGAACUCACUCUGGUGAGAAGCCCUACGAAUGUAACCAGUGUGGGAAAUCCUUCACCCAGAGUUCCAAACUUAUUAGGCAUCAGCGAACUCACACUGGAGAAAAACCAUAUAAAUGUCACGAAUGUGGGAAAUCUUUCAGGUGGAACUCGAACCUUAUUGUACAUCAAAGAAUUCAUACUGGAGAGAAGCCUUAUGAGUGUGCUCAUUGUGGAAAGUCCUUUAGCCAAAGCUCUGACUUUGUCGCACAUAAAAGGACACACACUGGGGAGAAGCCCUAUGAAUGUAACCAGUGUGGAAAGUCCUUCAUCCGAAGCACUCAACUUAUUAGGCAUCUGCGAAUUCACACUGGAGAGAAGCCGUAUAGAUGCAAUCAGUGUGAUAAAGCCUUCACUGGGAGCUCUCACCUCACUGAACAUCAGAGAACUCAUACUGGAGAGAAGCCUUUUGAAUGUAAUCAGUGUGGGAAAGCCUUUACUGGGAGCUCUCACCUUCUUUCACAUCAGAGAAUUCAUUCUGGAGAGAAACCAUAUGAAUGUAGUGACUGUGGGAAAGCUUUUCGGCAGCGAUCACAGCUUGUUGUGCAUCAGCGAACCCAUACUGGAGAGAAACCUUAUGAAUGCGGUUAUUGUGGAAAAGCUUUCAGCCAGAGGUCUCCCCUCAUUGUGCAUCAGAGAACACACAUUGGAGAGAAGCCCUAUCAGUGUAACAUGUGUGUUAAAGCUUUCAGUCAGAGGUCACGCCUUACUGAGCAUCAGAGAACACAUACUGGAGAAAAGCCUUAUGAAUGUAUCGACUGUGGGAAAGCCUUCAAUGAUCGGUCAACCCUUACAAAACAUGAGAGAACACACACUGGUGAGAAACCCUAUGAGUGUAACCAUUGUGAAAAGGCCUUUAGCCAGCGGUGUCAACUUACUAGGCAUCAGAGAAUUCAUACUGGAGAGAAACCCUAUGAAUGUGAUGAGUGUGGGAAAUCUUUCAGUUAUAAUACAUCCCUUGUUCAACAUGAGAAAACUCAUGAGAGAGAAACCCUAUGAAUAAUCAAGAUGGAAAAGCUUACUGCCAGGCCUACUUUACUAGACAUCAGAUGACCGAGGUAUGAAUCUCAGAAUGUGAUUCAGUGACCCCAUGCAUCAGAAUUGCUUGGCGUAAGUGUUGAAACCACACGUUACCAAGCUUACCCUGAUCUACAAAAUCAGAAUCUCUGGCAGUAAAACCCAGGAGCCUGCAGUUUCCAAAAGCAGCGCAAGUGAUUUGUAUGUACACUAAAAUGUGUUUACUACUUCCUUUAUCUGAGAAGCUAUGAUCAUGACCACUGAUGAAAAACUUUCAGUCAGAGCUCUUAACAGGAGUUGGGUACAGUACCAUUCUGAAUUUCCUACCAGAUAAUCUUUUUAAUACAGCCACCCACCCAAACUUAAUCAGAUGUUGUCCCUGUAACACAGUCCUGGAAAUGAUGGGGGACUUGAAGAUAUUCUUGAUACAGAGCCCCAGACACUUCAUCUAGGAAGAAAUCGUUGUAUAAGGAAGUUGGUGUUGAGUGAUGAAAUAUGAAACCAGCCAUUUUCAAUGUAAACCAGCAAUUAACAACACGAAUUAAAGGAAGACUGAGGAUGGGAAGUCUUCUGAAAUGGGUUUUGUUCGAAUUAAAAGUAGGUUCUGAAUAUUUCAGGGACUCUGUUGUGCUCUAACUCAACUUUGUUGCUGAGUUAGGUUGACUAUAAUCAGAACUGGGUGCGUAGCAAUAUGGAAAAUAUCAGGUGAGUGAAAACAGGGCCCAAAAUAGUAUGUACACAAAACAUUACAACCACAUAAAAACAUGUAACACAGAGGGUGGGUUAAGAACGUCAGCUCAGCUGCAUGUUCAAAAAAAGGCUGAAGUGUAAAUCAACAAUGGUGAAGAACAUGGGAGAGGCCAUUACUGCAAGCUUGAGCAAGGUGAAAGCAGGUGGGAGAUGUCGCCUUCUGGUGCAGAGUGGGAAAGGCUGAAGCCAGGAGCGUGAAGAGGGCUGCAGCAGUGGUGGUCACGGACCUCUCAGAGAUGCAGACUGAUGGGUGGGCCAGGGAAGCAGGGUUAAUUGGAGGUCUGUCCAUGAACUCCAAAUUUUCUCCCCCCAUCUCCCCUUUUUUCCUUGUCUUGCAUUAAGUAUCUGGCUGUGGGUAAGCAAAAAAUAAAGCAGGGAAUGAGUUAUGUGCUAAAAAAUUAGUCUGGGGGACUAGGGAAUCUGGUGUAUUCUCUUGAACAAGGGCUGCCUUGUUUUGGAGUUUCAAGGACCUGCAUCCUAACAGCUAGUUCUUGCCCUUUCCUCCCUAAAGCAAGGUGUGCUAUUAAGCCAGCCCGACUCAUCUGUGGAGCUUUCCAUCUGCUUUCCAAUAGCCACUUCAGUAUGGAUGGGAGCCAAGGAGUAACAGGCUUGAAGAGAGCCUUCAACAUGGAAGAAAAAAUGUCUAAGAUAAAACAGAAAAACCAACCCCAAAGAGUACAGCUCUUCAGGGGAACCAAAUAUUUAAAAUGUUUUAUUCUAAGAGCAAGUCAAGAAAUACUUGCAAACAGAAGAUAAAUACAAGAUGCUGUUUAAAAAAGAGAAUUAUGAUAACAAGAAUAGACUAUGAAAUUAAAAGUAAGGUGGUUGGGCCAAAAAAAAAAAAGAAAAAGAGAAACUUCCCAGAGCUGAAGGAAGAUCUUCAGAUCAUGCCAACCACUAUCCAGGAUUGAUAAGAUCCAUGCAGCCUGAGAAAUUGAGAACACUACAAUUAAAAAGACAUCACAGAAACUUCUGGAGAGAAUAAUUUUGAAACCAAGAAAGGAAUAUGGUUUUGUAAAGAAUGUUUCUUCAAAUUAAAAAAAAAAGGUAAUCAGAGACUUCAAGGUAAACAAAGUGUUCAAGAAAAUGUACAAAUUGUACAAGACAAUUGUCCAAAUGUGAAGCAAACUAGAAAGGAAUAUUCAUUUGACCCUGAUCCUAAUAAUUCUUUCUGGAAGAGGCAGAGGACUCAUGAAAUUGGAAUAAAAGAGAAGGAAAUAGAAUCAUUGUUUUGAUUGGCCCGUCACUGAACAGUGUUUGCGUAGAUAGGAUAUAAACAGUAGGUACUGGUUUUUUUAAUUUGAGAAAGAAACCCAGAGCUGUGACAGGAUUUCAUGAUGGCAACAGAGUAGAGCACCAUUGUCAUCAGUCCUGUCACAAGCAGUCACAGCACAGCCUGCAGCUGUUAUAAAGUAGAAGGAAAAGAGAAGUGUGUGUGUGUGGGGGGGGGGGUUCCCUGUAGCCUCCUCUGAGGAAGUAGGCUUUUAAAUAUAAUAGGUUAGAGUACUUAGGAGAUCAAAAUUAGAGCUUGAAACUAAUAUGACAAAAAUUGGAAGCAAAUAGAGGAGCAGUGAUGUCAAGUCUCUAGGCCAGGAAAGAUCAGAAUUCCAGAGGUAGCCUCAGGAAGAACUGGAAUGGAAAUGGUAAAAGUGGUUGGUGGGAUAUGUGACCGUUGGGUGGGGUGGGGCGGGAGACACUGCUUUCCAUUUUAAACCUUCUGUAGUAUUUCAUUCCCUGGUGGUACACUUUUUAUUUGGGUAACAUUAUUUCAAGUGUGUACCUAUAGGCAAGCAAAACAACAUGAGGACAUCUGUGAUUGUUUUGUGGGAUUAUGUACAAUUUUCCUUCUUUUGAUUCAGUGUCACUGUGAGAGUAAACUGACAAUUAAAAUAGCAAGAACAAAAAAAAAGAUGUCAGACUCUUCCAUUUGGCCAAUUAGAGUUGAUUCCAGUAGGGCAGGAAGCCUUCUGGGCCUCUUAUAAGUCCCUGGAAUUAAAGGAGGUGGUUUAGUCUUUUAAGACUUGAUUUUCCAGAAGCCUUAUCACGAGGAAGUCAAUGGGCCCCAAGAGUAGGGACCUGAAAGGUGCUGGCAUCUUGGUACAACUGGGUA